ACUCAGAUAAAAGAGGACAUAAAAUUAAGGGAUCUCCCAGCAUCUAGCACGAGAGUCUCCUCUUUCUUGCGUGUAAAACCUCCUGAGCCUUGCUGAUAUAGAAAGUCGGACAGCGCUUAAGUGUAUAACCUCUCCACUUGAGCCUUGCUAAUUGCAAAGUCUCUUGUAGUGUUGUCCCACUCCCGCCCAGCUUUCCACCCAGUCCUUGCUCCCAAGAUUCUUCCGUACUUUCUCCCCCCUUGCACAUCGUCUGGAUCUCUCCGAUUCCUCUCCCUGUCUACCGGAGCAAUCGCUUCGCUUGUUCUCUCUCCCUGUCCUACCGCCGCCGCCGCAGGUUGCUGUGCCAGCCUCGUCGUCGGCGACCUCCUCUUCCCCGGUCUCUGCUGGUAGCCUGGUACUGGACUGGUGUGGACUGGAGUGGAGGUCCAUCCAUCCGGACUCGGAUCGAUCUCUUCUUUCGUUGGUUUUUGGAUGUUGGUCAAUUUUAUCAGAAGAGUGAUUUUGGAUGAUUGCAUAGUUGUAGCUUGCUAAAUGUAGAUUGUGAGGCCCUUCUUUUCCUUCUUAUACAGCUACAUCAUGGCACCACGCAGUAGGUCUUCAUCUAGAAGGCCCCUCUGGAUCAUCGUCUUGAUUGCUUUUAUCUGUGCAGUAGUCAUUGGAGCCUAUCUUUAUAAUCCUCGGCAUUACACAGCUUGUUACCUGGUAUCAUCAGAUGCCUGUAGUUCUCAGCCUCCUCCAGAACCUGCUAGGGUAUACACUGAUGAUGAGAUUGCUGCCCGUGCUAUCAUGAGAGACGUUAUUCGGGCACGGCCGGUGCAGUCAAAGAAUCCAAAAAUUGCUUUCAUGUUCUUGACACCCAGUUCAUUGCCUUUUGAGAAACUUUGGGAAAAGUUCUUCAUGGGACAUGAAGACAGAUACACCAUAUAUGUACAUGCAUCACGAGAUAGGCCAAUUCAUACAAGUCCAAUAUUCACUGGCAGGGAUAUUCGAAGUGAAAAGGUGAUCUGGGGUACAAUUUCUAUGGUUGAUGCUGAAAAGAGGCUCUUGGCUCAUGCACUACAUGAUUCUGAAAACCAGCAUUUUGUCUUGCUUUCUGAAAGUUGCGUACCACUGCAUAACUUUGAUUAUAUAUAUAGUUAUCUCAUGGAAACAAACGUCAGCUUUGUUGACUGUUUUGACGAUCCUGGUCCACAUGGAGCAGGUAGAUAUUCUGAACAUAUGUUACCUGAAAUCGUGAAGAGAGAUUGGAGAAAAGGUGCACAGUGGUUCACGGUGAAACGGCAGCAUGCAGUUCUUAUUCUCGCUGACGCCCUUUACUAUGGAAAGUUCAAGCACUACUGUAAGCCAGGAAAUGAAUGGCAUAACUGCUACUCUGAUGAGCACUAUUUGCCAACUCUCUUUAAUAUGGCUGAUCCAACUGGAAUUGCAAAUUGGUCGGUGACACAUGUAGAUUGGUCUGAAGGGAAAUGGCAUCCUAAAGCCUAUAGGGCUGUUGAUACAAGUUUUGAGCUGCUCAAGAAUAUAUCAUCCAUUGACGAGAUCAUUCACGUUACCAGCAACGCAAAGCAUGUUGUGAUGAGAAGGCCUUGCAUGUGGAACGGCAUGAAGCGGCCCUGCUACCUGUUUGCUCGGAAGUUUUACCCCGAGGCACUCGACAACCUGAUGAACAUAUUCUCCAACUUCACAAUCAUCUGAGAAACGGAAUGGAAACGCCAGCAGUUUGCCGCGCCACCUGGAACCCGGUGAGCAGUGCAGGGUUUGUAGUUGGUGAUGGAAUUCAGUAGCUUCAGGACGCAUAAAAACAGGGACGCAGAGGACUCGCUCACCUCUGUCAGAUGCCACCUGCUGCUGCUCUCCUGUAGAUUACUGAUGAUGAGUAGGUUAUUUGCCUGCCCUUGAGGGGCAAAUUUUGCUUGUGUAAACAUUGGCCAGAUGCCAUGUAUGAACUGCUGUUGUUGAUGAUGGUGAUAGAGUUGUAUGACAUCUUUUCAGCAGACAAGUUCAGUUAAUCAGGACA